AUGGCAACACGGUAUAACGUGAACUGCGAAAACACAACACUUGACAUCAUGGCAGCGGCGCUGUGCAAUGUAACCAGUCUAGUCACGGGUGACGUCGACGUUUAUUUUGCCUCUAAUCCGACGACCUCGUCCUUUCAGGCAACUAACUCGUACAGCAACUUUUCUAAGCGAGGCAGUCCCUCCCGAGGGCUGGGCAUGGACAUCCAGAUCCCCCUCUACGCGGUUAUUUUCCUGUUGUCUCUGGUGGGCAACAUGCUGGUGAUCGUGACGAUAAUCCAGAACAAGAAGAUGCGCACCGUGACCAACGUCUUCCUCCUCAACCUCUCCCUCAGCGACCUCCUCCUGGCAGUCUUCUGCAUGCCCUUCACCCUCAUCCCCCUCCUCCUGAAAAACUUCAUCUUCGGAGAGACCAUGUGCAUCAUGAUUCGAUAUUUUCAAGCUGUGUCUGUGGCCGUGAGCUGCUUCACGCUGGUGGCCAUAUCCCUAGAGCGCUACUUCGCCAUCUGUCGUCCUCUCCAUUCGCGCUCCUGGCAGACGUUAUCGCACGCCUACAAGGCCCUGGCCGUCUGCUGGUUCUUUGGCCUCUUCAUCGCCAUCCCGAUCGCCGUGUACCACCGCCUGACGUCACGGCCCCGCCUGGCCAUCAGCAUGUGCCGCGAGCAGUGGGACAACGAGGCCUGGGAGAAGGCCUACACCAUGAUCCUCAACAUCAUCCUGCUUGUGCUCCCAGUCAUCAUCAUGUCGCUGGCGUACGGGAUGAUAUCAUACACGCUAUGGGCCGGCAUGAAACUCGACCAGCAGUCGGAAAAAGAGAAACAACAGAACAACGGUUGCUACAGCGAGUACGACUCUUCUAUCGCCCAGGAUACCGGAUGCAAAGGGCCGUUCGUAACGGAUUCCGACUUCUCCCACAAUACGUCAUCGUCCUCCAGCAGACCUUUCCGGCGUUUUGAGCUGCACCGCGCCAUGAGACAGUCCAACAGCGAGAAGAGCCGCGCGUCUAAACGACGAGUCAUCAAGAUGCUGUUCGCCAUCGUCCUCGAGUUCUUUAUCUGCUGGACGCCCACCUACAUCAUCACCACGUGGAUCGUCUUCGACAACGACAGCGCCAGACGUCAUAUCUCGCCAAUGGCGAAGAGUUUCGUCCAUCUUUUGUCUUAUGUGUCGUCGUGCUGCAACCCAAUCACGUACUGUUUCAUGAACCGGAACUUCCGGCAAGGCUUCGUGUCGGCCUUCCGGUGUUGCAGACGACGGUAUGUGUACGCGCGCCGAAACGAGAUGUCUUUUUCCGGUAACACUGCGUCUACCAGGACGGUGGUUGCCAGUCAAGUGACUAGCUACGACAAAAUACACGAGUCUGAUGAAAUAUCGGAAAAGAGUUUCUGAUAUGUUGUUUGUCCUUUAAAAAGAGUAAAUUGUAUAUUUUGA